AUGGAACAGUCUCAGCCAGCUGAACCGCACUCAUCUCUUCAUCAAGAGACUGAUUUUGUUUCUGCUGAUGUUGGUGAUGAAGUAACUCUGCACUGUUCUUACGAAGGUGAAGCUGCAAGACUUUACUGGUACAAACAAACUCUGGGACAAAAACCAAGGCUCAUCUCUACCUACUACAGAUAUGAGGGAAAUGGCAUAUUUUAUAAUGAAUUCAAAAGUAAUCCACGCUUUACGUUAGUUACUGGCAUCAGUAAAAAUCACUUGAAAAUAACAGAUCUGCGUGUCUCAGAUUCAGCUACUUACUACUGCGCAACAAGCUUUACUUUUAUUUUAGAGUUUACCAAAGAAACAUAUCUCAAUGUAAAAGGUUCCAGUUUGGACAUCCAGACUUUUGUCCUACAAUCACUAUCUGAGACCAUCCAGCCAGGAGGCUCUGUGACUCUGAACUGUACAGUCCGCACUGGGACCUGUGAUGAAGACCACAAGGUUUACUGGUUCAAAGACUCCGAAGACUCUCAUCCAGGGCUCAUAUACACCCAUGGAGGCAGGAAUGAUGAGUGCAAGAAGAAAUCUGAGGCACAAGCACACACCUGUGUGUACAGCCUGCCAAUGAAGAACUUGAAUGUCUCUCAUGUUGGGUCCUACUACUGCGCUGUUGCUUUAUGUGGACGCUUACUGUUUGGUAAUGGGACCAAGCUGAAUGUUGAGGUAGAUGAAGCGGACACUCUUCUCUUGUUGUAUUUCUGGAGGGGGGUUUCAGCUUUCACCAGCGUCCUGAGUGUUUUACUGGCUUCCUUAAUGUGCAUGAUGAGAAAGAAAAACAGCAGCACAUACACAGAUUAUCCAGCAAAAAACUCCCCCUUUUUCAAAGCAAAUGGUGACCAAGAAGGAGGCUACCUCUAUUUCAAACCUUUGAGGGACAUGAAGAUGAACAGAUCAGAAAUGCAGAUGGACAACACCUGGACUUUGAUGGCAGGGGGCGGCCAGGAGGACCUCAAUCUCUCUCAUUAUGGCACGUUACUCGACAGAGCCAAUCAUGUUCUGCAGUGUGAUGUGAUGAACCAAUGA